CCUUCUUCCUCCACCGGCUGCUUUCAUUCCAGCGCGCGAUCCGACCGGAGCAGACGGUGAACGCAGCCGCCAAAGCCGAGAGAUUCGCUCAGGGAAUAAAUAUCUGCAAACCGCGCGGCUGCUGCUUUAUAGGAAUACCACUCGCUCGUGGACGCACGUGAGCCUGCGCGCAUGCAUAUGGGAGCAGAAGGACUGGACUCUGACCUCAGAGAAAGCGUUUUGGAUCUCUCCGGGCAGGCUGCUGCCCCUUUCUUUUAAUGACAGGCUCCCUCUGGAUAUACUACCUGAAUGGUGACCACGGACCGGACUACCUGUUUUGCAUUUGUUCGCUCAGAGCGCAGGGAAGGGACUGGGAGCCUGGGAGCGCCCUUUGCCUGCUGUGUGGGUUAACAAGUCACUUUGGAGAUCCUUGAAAAGCGAGAAGGGCUUCUGCUUUUACGCAUUAUUUUUAAAUCAUUUUGUUUUUGAUUUUUUUGUAUUUUGUUUUGUUUUUUUUAUUUCAUCGAGGCUAUUUUUUCCACUCUGAACUGUCUUCUAUAUGAGUUUUGGUGAAUGGGGAUAACUCUAACCAAGGAGGCUUGACACGGCUCGGACUGGGUGCGCAGAGCGUCAGAUCGGCCAGGAUAACAUCUCCCAACCUCAGUCUGUUUCGACUUCCAUGACCGAGCAGAUCGCUUUAUGACAAUGGAUUACUUUCUGCUUUUAUGUGUCUCCUUGCUGUCCGUGGUGUUGGCGGUGGAAGAGACGUUAAUGGACACAAGGUGGGCCACAACGGAAUUAGCCUGGACUUCACAUCCUGAAACUGGGUGGGAAGAGGUGAGUGGCUAUGAUGAUGCCAUGAAUCCCAUCCGGACCUACCAAGUCUGCAAUGUUCAACAACUUAACCAGAACAACUGGUUACGCAGUGAUUUUAUCCCACGUAAAGAUGUUCUUCGAGUAUAUGUGGAAAUCAAAUUCACAGUGCGUGACUGCAACAGCAUUCCCAACAUACCAGGGUCCUGCAAAGAGACAUUCAACCUCUUCUACUAUGAGUCUGACUCUGAUUCAGCCACAGCCACCAGCCCUUUCUGGAUGGAGAACCCCUACGUAAAGGUGGACACAAUAGCACCAGAUGAAAGCUUCUCCAUGCUCGACUCCGGACGAGUAAACACAAAGGUCCGAAGUUUCGGGCCACUCUCCAAAGCUGGGUUCUACUUGGCCUUCCAGGACCUUGGUGCCUGCAUGUCACUCAUCUCAGUGAGAGUGUUUUACAAGAAGUGCUCCACCACAAUCGCCAACUUUGCAGUUUUCCCAGAAACAGCGACAGGGGCUGAAGCAACUUCCUUAGUUAUUGCUCCUGGAACUUGUGUCCCCAAUGCCUUGGAAGUGUCCGUUCCCCUGAAGCUCUACUGCAAUGGAGACGGAGAGUGGAUGGUUCCUGUAGGAGCCUGCACCUGCUCAGCUGGUUUUGAACCAGCCGGGAAAGAAACUCAAUGUCAAGCUUGCGGCUCGGGCACCUUUAAGUCCAAACAAGGGGAAAGCCCCUGUCUUCCAUGCCCAACCAACAGUCGUGCCACCUCUGGGGCAGCCAGUCUUUGUUCCUGUCGAAAUGGUUACUACCGCUCUGACACGGAUUCCGCAGACUCUCCUUGCACAACGGUUCCAUCUGCACCACGUAAUGUCAUCUCCAUUGUCAACGAAACCUCCUUGGUACUGGAAUGGAGUGAGCCUCGCGAUUUGGGCGGACGUGAAGACAUCAUUUAUAACGUCAUCUGCAAAAAGUGCCUCCCUGAGCGAGGAAUGUGCUCCCGGUGUGAUGACAAUGUGGAUAUUUCGCCGCGUCACCUCGGCCUAACGCAGCGCCAUGUAACGGUCCGUAACCUUCAGGCCCACACUCAGUACAGCUUUGAGAUCCAAGCUGUCAAUGGUGUUUCCAGCAAGAGCCCCUAUACACCUCAAGUCUCUACAGUUAAUAUCACCACAAAUCAAGCAGCUCCAUCUGCAGUGCCUACAGUCCAUCUGAUGGCAGCCACAGCAAGCACCAUGAGCCUGUCCUGGCUUCCUCCUGAGAAACCCAAUGGAAUCAUUCUGGAUUAUGAAAUUAAAUAUCAUGAGAAGGAUCAAGGGGAGGCCAUUGCCCACACCAUGACUGCCCAACGAAGCAACGCUCGUAUCGAAGGUCUCAAGGCCGGAACGCCCUAUGUGGUGCAAGUGCGCGCCCGAACUGUGGCUGGUUAUGGCCGUUACAGCAGCCCAGCAGACUUCAGCACUAACCUGCAAACUGAUCCACCUAAGUCAUGGCAGGAGCAACUUCCCCUCAUUGUUGGGUCGGCCACCACUGCCUUGGUCUUUGUUAUUGCGGUUGUAGUCAUCGCUAUCGUCUGUCUCAGAAAGCAGAGAAAUGGUUCAGAGUCGGAAUACACAGAAAAACUACAACAAUACAAAUCCCCAAUAGUUACCCCGGGAAUGAAGGUCUACAUUGACCCCUUCACCUAUGAGGACCCCAAUGAGGCUGUACGCGAAUUUGCCAAGGAGAUUGAUGUGUCCUGCGUGAAGAUCGAGGAGGUCAUUGGCGCAGGUAACCCACCAAAGCUCCUGAGCUACAGGGGGAAGACUCCUGGUCACAUCCAGGCCAUACCGUUAGAGGACUUCACACCAAGCGGAGAGUUUGGGGAGGUAUGCCGUGGUCGCCUGAAGCUGCCUGGACGCCGGGAAAUCAUUGUUGCAAUCAAGACUCUCAAAGUGGGCUAUACUGACCGCCAGAGGCGAGACUUCUUGUCUGAAGCUUCCAUCAUGGGCCAGUUUGACCAUCCCAACAUAAUUCGGCUGGAAGGUGUUGUUACCAAGAGUCGACCUGUCAUGAUUGUGACCGAGUUUAUGGAGAACGGAGCUCUGGACUCUUUUUUAAGGCUUAACGAUGGGCAGUUCACAGUCAUCCAGCUUGUUGGCAUGCUGCGUGGCAUCGCAGCAGGCAUGAAGUACCUGUCAGAUAUGAACUAUGUGCACAGAGACCUGGCUGCACGUAACAUCUUGGUUAACAGUAAUCUGGUGUGUAAGGUGUCCGACUUUGGCCUAUCUCGAUUCCUUGAAGACGACCCCACAGAUCCUACCUACACCAGCUCACUGUAUUUCAUGCUCACCUACUCAUUCGCAUAUCCACAGGGAGGCAAGAUCCCCAUCCGUUGGACGGCCCCUGAGGCUAUUGCAUACAGGAAGUUCACCUCGGCCAGUGACGUGUGGAGCUACGGCAUCGUCAUGUGGGAAGUAAUGUCAUAUGGCGAGCGGCCAUAUUGGGAUAUGAGCAAUCAAGAUGUGAUAAAUGCUGUGGAGCAGGACUAUAGACUGCCCCCACCCAUGGAAUGCCCCACAGCCUUACACCAGCUCAUGCUGGACUGCUGGGUGAAAGAGAGGAACCUGCGGCCCAAAUUCACCCAGAUUGUGGCGACAUUGGAUAAGCUCAUUCGAAAUGCUGCGAGCCUCAAAGUGGUCACCAACAGCACGCAGUCCACAGGGGUAUCCCAGCCCUUGCUUGACCGCUGUGUGCCAGACUAUACAACUUUCACCACUGUGGGGGACUGGCUGGAUGCCAUCAAGAUGAGCCGCUACCGCGACAACUUCGUCAAUGCCGGAUUUGCUUCCUUUGACCUGGUUGCCCAGAUGACAGCAGAGGACUUGCUACGGAUAGGUGUGACAUUGGCUGGUCAUCAGAAGAAGAUUCUCGGUAGCAUUCAGGACAUGAGACUUCAAAUGAACCAAACACUUCCCGUUCAGGUGUAAGCUAAAGGCCACACAGAUGGAUGCAGUCCAAGGACAGCCAGAACAGAAAGGGGGAGAAAAACUGUGCAAGAGACGGCCACUGGAAAAACCUUAGCUGCCUGACCCAUCUCCGCCAAUGAAACUGGCUUGCAGUGCCUCUGAAUUUAUAUUUUCUUUAUUUCAUUACCACAUACACUUCCUGGCCAAGCUUUUUGUUAUUCAUCAUUGGUGGUUUUGUUUUCAUCCAGGCAGGAUUAGUUUGUUUUUGAAAGAGAAAAUAGUUCCUUCCCUCUGCGUGCCUCACCACUUCUGGAGUGGGUUGAUGUUUGCAUGCAUGUGGUUUUCGCUGAGGUUGGCCUUAGUUGUAUCCUGAACCUCCUUCCUUAACGUCUAUGCCCAGAUCUGCUGGACAAGAACUGACAUCGUAAAAAUGAAAGAAUCACAAAUAAAAAAGAUGGGGGAAAAAAAGUAAAAGGAAAAAAAAAAGCAGUGUCAGACAACAAGAAAAACGGACAAUUCCUUCCCAAACAGAAGUUGUUUUAUUGUGCAUGUGUUGAUCUUCAUCUUCAUAUUGAAGGUGUGUUACUUAUAAGGGCACUUGCUGGCAUGAGUUGAGGUUGUGAAGGAAAAAAAAUGAAGAUGGGCUGCAGCUGUAGGUCAAGAGGAUGAUGGACAUCACCAAGGUCAAAGGCAGCCACAUUUUUGGACACUCAUUUCGACUGAUGGGUCAGCAGAUGACCUCUCCACUCUGACCUGAAGUGACUCAGGGUAGUUCCACAUCUGCAGGAACACCUGCCCAUCAACUGUGUUUUUUGUAAACAUAAAACGGUUUUUACUUGUCUUUUUGUCCAUACUACAUGUUUUGUUUCUUUGGAAUUCCUUUUGACAGUUUUGGGAGAUCUGUAGUUUUAAAAUGGCCGGUCAGACCGAAGUACCCUUCCCACCUCCAUGCUGGACACUUGAUGUGAUUAGGGGGCAAGGAUUGUGGUUACACUAUUGAAAGACCCCUUGGCCUUUGGUGUGCAUUUUUCUACCUGAGUGUGUCUGCGCGGAUGUGUGAGUGUAUGUGGGAUUGUGUAUACCUGGGUGUGUGAGUGUAUCCUGUUGCACACAAAUAUACUGUACAAAACAGCUUCCGCUAUUUGCCACCAUGGAGAAUUAACGCAUGAACUGAACUUUAAUAAGGAUCAACUAUAUCUGAAACAAUAUGCUAUACUCUGUGGACAGCUGUAGACAUUUUUUAAUUUAAUAAAAACAAAUGGUAUUUGGACAUAAACGAAUCCAUAAAUUGGUGUAUGGAUAAACAGUGAUGGACAUCUUUAACUAUCUGGUAUUAUCUGGAUUUAGAUAUAAUCAACAGGCUUGUUUUGAUUUUUUUAAUGCCCUCCCUAAAUAUUUAUUUGUACCUCACCUGCCAAGUCAUAGUCCCCCUUUCACCACCCAGAUGGACUGAAACAAUCAGAAGAAAAAGAGACUUCAAGAGGACGAAUAAAUGAUUAACAAAAAGAAGUUGCAUAUAAAUUGGAUAUUGUAUAUUUGUUGUUGUUCUAAACAGCCUGUACAUGUUUUAUAAGUAAAGUAAGAUAAAUAACAAAGAAAAAUGUGUUUUGACAAGAAGGAAGUAUUGUUGAAUGUUUGCCUGACUGAAGUGAACAUAAAAACAAGAAUGCUGUGAGGAGUGGAGUUCAACCAUGAAAAAGCAUUCACGUCAGCUCAUUUUUUUUCUCCUUUUUUUGUUUUGUGAUACAAUGUUGUCUUAGUACUUGUGCUUAAGUUUGUCUCUGCCACUUGAACUUCAUUUUAAAGCCCACCCCUCUACUCAUUUACACAAUGAUAAGCAUUUAUAAAGCAUUGAGAUGUUAUUGUCUUCCAGGCACAUUUUUCUGUCCUGCAAAUCAUUUGGUAGUUCUUUUUUUUUUUUGAUUAGAAAAAGUCCAGAGAAUAGUUUCAGACUAGCCAACAUACCAUAUUUAUUUGAGUCACCUAGAGGAGGGUCUGCAGUUUCCAUAGUCUGGCAAAAUCCUCAUUAGAGAAUCUAGAGCUGUCAAUGGAGACCCCUAUUGGUGUUUGUCCGGUCGAUUAACGCAGCAGCCAGUCUGGCAUUGCAAUGAGUCUAAGGUGCAGCAUGCAGACAAAUGCAGGCACGGGGCAGGCGGACCUAUCAUUAUCUCUCAUUCGUUUCCCGUCUGGCCUGCAAUCAUCCUGUCUCAUGCUUUGGCUGCUGUAUGAAUAGCAGAGUGCAGGAUCAACAGUAUGGGCAUGUAGACAGACAAAAUCUGUAGUUCCCCCUCGUCUUAACUGAUCGCAGAUGCACCUCUGAGAUAAUACUGCUUGGGCUUGUCGCAAGAGGGUGUUUGAAGGGGAGGAAUUAAAGAGUAUAGAGUUCACAGCAUUGCAUAGUUCACAGCAUUGUUUGAUUUGGAACUGAUCAAUGCAAUAUGUGAGUGUAGCUCAUUUAGUUCUGUGGCCAUGCAAUGUGUCUUGUCUGAUACGAGUGACUCCUAAAUUCCUUUAGAUGAAGAGUGUGUUAUGCAGAACAACAACUUGAUCCUAGUUCGGAGGUUGUUCAAUUUAUGUUUUCAAUAGCCUACCAGUUUCUGUAAGACCAUACUAAUGUAGAGUAAUAGUAACAAACACCAACUAGUAAAUUAAUAGUUGGGUACUAAGGGAACCAUAAAACAAGCCUAUUUCUUGAAUCACGAUUAUGAGUCCAUAUCUCUGUUUAGACAGACAAGAGCCAGACGUUUUACAAUUGGAAGCCCCAUCUGCCGAGAUGACAACAAUGUGCAGAAAAUGAAAAUGUAAUAAGCCAUUUUUUUUCCCUUGGUAAUUAUUGUGCACAAUUAUUUCGUCUUCUGUUGUAGUAACAACAUUUUAUGAUUGGAGGAUGGAUAGAGAAUAUUUUUGGAAAUGACUGUUACCAGAAUCUCAAAGCAUUUUCCUCACAGACACACAUUAUCCCUCCCCUCCAAAAUCAGUUUAAUCUUUCAAUAAGGCUAUGCUGCUAAUUUUCAUGUAGCACAAAACAAGGCACAGCCGAUGGGCAUAAAGAUACAGAGACUGGGUGGAAUAAGGAGGUUAAACACAAUCAGAUGGCAAACAUGCCAACUCAUGAAGUGGGGCUGCUUGGAACUAUAAUGAACUAUUGAUGGAGUGCACAUGCUUUUCUUGGGGUCUGAACUUGUGUUCACCAAAGUCAAUGGGCCAUGAGUGAUGAGCUUGCCUGGUAGAGCUGCACACAUUAAAAAUAUGAACCCGCUCCCAACACAGCUGCAGCGCAUUCAUGCUCUAGCAUUGUCUUCACUUUUUUUUCUUUUAUCAUUGGCCGAUGCUAAGAUAGACUUUUACCAAUGUGUGUGUGGAUAUGUGUGUGUUGUGAAUGAAAUGUCAUUUUAUACGGAAAGGGGUUGAUUAAGAGUCUUUUCUGUCUGUUGUAUCUCUCUGUGUGCCAACAGGAUUCAAACCAUAACAUCCUUGACACCUUUUUUUUCCCCUUCUUUCUUUGUAUCAUUGCAGAAUAAGUCAACAUACACCAUCACAGAGCUCCCUUAUCACACAAAUCACAUACAGCUCUCUGUCUAUUUCGUUUUUGGUCUCUAUUUUUGAAUAAGUAUAUACACUACUGUUUUUUUUUCUCUGUCCUCUAACAAGCUCACUUCAGAUACAUAUUUUAUGUCACUUUUAAAAAAAUGUUUCUUUUCUUUUUUAAAUAAAAGUAAGCAACGUGUUUUAGAGAGUACUGCACGUGUAACAACACGGGAGAAGAGGGUGGGGUUGAAUACAGAAAUGCAAUUGUCCUCUUUGAAAAGCAUUGAGAUGUAUUUAAUGGUGCAGACAAACACAACAAAUUACUAAAAAAAAUGAUGAUGCAUUCUUGUAGAAAUAUUUUUAAAAGACCCUUUUUUGCAAUUAAAUUAUUUAAGAAAUGUGA